AUGGCUUACGGGUAUGAACACCAAGCCCUAUCAGGUACGCCGAAGCAGUUUGUGCUUUGCUUUGAUGGUACCGGAAACAAAUUCGCUGGUGACGAGUCGGAUAGUAAUGUGCUCAAGAUCUUUCGCAUGCUUGACCGCAGCAAGAGCCAUCAGUACCAUUACUACCAGCCAGGCAUUGGCACAUAUGUGACCUCAAAGUCACUGACUAGCCAUGGCCGCAUCCAACGUAUCAAGUCCGCCUAUCAAAAGGCCAAGGACUCGGCGGUCGGGUCUUCUUUUGAUGAGCAUGUCAUGGGUGGGUAUAAGUUCCUGAUGCGAUACUAUUCCCCUGGCGAUGAGAUCUUCUUCAUCGGCUUUAGUCGUGGGUCAUACAUCGCGCGAUUCCUUGCAGAGAUGCUGGACUACAUCGGUCUGCUCGAAGCAGGAAACGAGGAACUGGUCCGGUUUGCGUGGAAGACAUUCGCCAAAUGGCAGCAGCGGUCCGACGACUCGGAAGAAGAGCGCGAAGAAAAGAAAAAGCUCUUCGCAUACAUGAAAGCUUUCCGUGAGACCUUCAGUCGUCCGAUCUCCCGUAUCCGUUUCAUGGGUCUUUUCGAUACCGUCAACAGUGUGCCGCGCUUUGAGUCUGCAUGGAUGCAGCGUACCAAGUUCCCAUACACGGCACGCAGCUCGGCUAAGGUGAUUCGCCAUGCCGUGGGUAUUGACGAGCGCCGUGCAAAGUUCCGGCAAGAUCUGAUCUCUGGGGCGCGUCCAAAAGAGAAGAAGAAACAUCGCCGUCGCCAUCAUUUGCCCAAGAAUCAUCUGCACCUCUUCCAUCAGGACCACAAAGAGAAGUCCCAGGAGGAACCCCAGGAGAAGCCUCAGGAGGAACACCCAGACAACGUCCCAGCCAUUCGGUUAAAUGAUGACUCUCAGGAAGAACAGCAGGAGGAAGGGAAGGCCGAGCCUGAAUUCAAGGAUCCCAAAUGGGGGCCCAGUACCGGAGAAACAUACUACCACACGGGGCGCCGUGCCUCCCACCAUCCAGCUUCUCACACAUCCUCGCAACCACCCUCCCGCGCCGGUAGCGACAACGGGACAAUGAAACCCGACACAUACCGCGCACACUCCCCCCGACGCAGCCUCGCGGUGCCCAAAGCAUCCAUGGACGAUCUCCACUCAGUGCGAAGCAAAGAAUCCUACCACAGCAUGCAAUCCAACACCCUCUCAGUACGAAUUCCGGUCGUGGAGGUCGAUUCAAGCGACGACGAAGACGACCAAGACAUCCACGAAGUCUGGUUCCCAGGUUGCCACGCAGACAUCGGCGGCGGGUGGAAACUCUCAGAUGGCGAGUCAUGGGCUCUCAGUCACGCGCCGCUCGUGUGGAUGACACAGGAAGCGUACAAGGCCGGACUCCAGCUGGAUCAGCGCAAGAUGAAGCAGUUUCAAUGUCUGGAGGAGUACGAUGGUGAUUACAGUCCGAUCCGGGAAGAGAUCAAUUCCCGCCGCCCGAGUCGGUGCGUUGAGCCUCAUGCUGAGAAUGAGGAUGCUUUCCGCUCUAUGCCGGAUGAGAAGGAGCGAUCUGCUGCAAGUCGCGACUUCUGGCAUGCGCUACACACCUCCAGUACGAAGGGGCUGCUACAUGACUGCUUGAUGUUCAACCAGGGUAUUCCUAGUAUGUCUGUUAUCACCUGGCGAAUUAUGGAAUGGUUGCCGUUCCGUCGUAUGGAUCUGCAGCCUGAUGGGUCGUGGAAGCCGAUUAGCUGGCCGUUGCCUCGUGGCGAAGUGCGGGAUGUUCCGCUUAAUGCUGAGAUCCAUGUUUCUGCUAUUCGGCGUAUGCAGGCGGAUCCUAAGUACCGUCCUGGUAAUGUGAUUGUUGGUGGGGGUGGUCGUGGUAUACGUGUUGCACCGGAGGAGUAUGGUAUGGGUGAGUGGGUGGUGUUCAAGCAUGAAGGAGAUAUAGUGCGGGAAACUUAUGUCCGCAAGAACGUUUCUAAGUGCAAGGAGGGCGAGGAAGAGGCCGAGCCGUGA